AGCGUUUCAUGCAUCGCAAUUACUUUCCCAGGGGACCCAAUAGCUCGCGCGUGUUCAACAGUACAGGCGCGAGGAGAGCCCAGAGGGUUCGGCCUCUCUCGCUACACGCGCCUCUGCCGGACUUCAUCACUUCCGCAGCCGAACAUCUCAUCUCCCUCUCGAGUACUGCUCGCAAUGAACACACGAGAGCAUUCCGUAAUUGCGAACUCGUAAGGGCGAGGCUCGCGCACAUAUUGAGUCGUUUUCGAGGACUGCAUUUGGUUCAUAUACAGUCUUUCCUACUAAAGCAACAACAACAGAAUGCCUGAACCAGGAACGUUAAGCGUAGUGCCUUAGCAUUUUUAAAAAAGUUGAAAUUUCAAAAAUUGAAAUGUCAAAAACUUGCUUGUGACGUCUGCGCCAAGCUGGACUAAAGAUGCUGAGAAGUCGCUGCUGAAGUUACAUUCGGAUUCUUUUUUUCCUGUUCAGAGUGAAAAUGUCUUCUUACUGAAAUACAGUUUGGUUGGUGUUAUAAUAUUGUAAGGUUAGUCUGCGUCAUGACUUCUAGCUAUGCGCCUGUAAUGGACAGACAAGCCACGCUGCCCUGCCGUACCGAAAGUCCGAUCACCGCUAACCUGGAACAUUUGCAGGCUAAAAAAAACUUUUCAGUAAGUCACCUGUUGGAUCUAGAGGAAGCCCGUGAGAUGGUUGGAACUCAGACGGAGGACAACACGGGGGAGUCGGGUCGGAAUAUGCUGGAGUCUCCCGGUCUAACAAGCGGCAGCGACACAGCACAACAAGAAAAUGAGCGUCUGACCACGGACGAGAAGAAGAAGAGGAAGCAGCGCCGGAACAGGACCACCUUCAACAGCAGCCAGCUGCAGGCUCUGGAGCGCGUCUUCGAGCGCACCCACUACCCUGACGCCUUUGUCAGGGAGGACCUGGCACGGCGGGUCAACCUCACCGAAGCCCGCGUGCAGGUGUGGUUCCAGAACAGACGGGCAAAGUUCAGACGAAACGAGAGAGCCAUGCUGGCCAGUAAGAAUUCUUCGCUUCUCAAGUCGUUCUCCAGCGAUGUAACCGUGGAGCAGCCAAUGGUGCCUCGCCCGGCCCCGAGACCCAAUGACUACCUGUCCUGGGGGUCAUCGUCCUCUUACAGUGCCAUGGCCACAUACCCUCCCACAUGUGCCAACACGACUUCAACUCAGGGAAUGAACAUGGCCAACAGCAUUGCCAACUUGAGACUAAAAGCAAAGGAGUAUAGCCUGAACCAGGUGCCCACUGUCAACUGACUGGACAGCACCUCCACCCCCUCUACCCCCAAAACACACACACACACACACACACACACACUUCCAACUGGGAGCAUAUGGUUUCAGUUAGACAACUGAGACUACAGUCCUUAGGGGCACCCCAAUAAGCAUUCCAUCUUAAAGCCUGUUGUGCCAAGAAGACACCAUAACAAGGGCACCCAUUGCACUCAAAACAAUUUUACCAUUUUACCCAAUGCAAAACCAAGCAUCACUCAGGCUAAAGAGAUCAGCUCAUGGUGUUCAUCUUCAUAACAAUGUCCCUGUAAUUCCACCACUGAAGACAACAGUUCUGACUCUGUUAAAAAAGGACUCCUCUGUUCUGCACUCUAGUGAAAAAGCUCUAGGUCUUCAGCCAAAAACAACAGUACCACCUUUAGAAGACUACGGAUACUCUGUAGGAUAUUAAACCGGACUGCAGACCUUGUUUUGUAACAGAACACGAAACGGAAACAAAGCAGAACUUCAGUGCACUUGAGUGUUAAAAGUUAUCUGCCAUACUAUUUUAAAGACCAUAAAAGAAACGAGCACAAAGCUCACAUGCUUCAUCCCAUAAUAAGCCUCUUAUAAUGAAGAGGCUGUGCGGAUAUCUUCCUGCUAAGCUCUUCAGUCGUCUGUAGGAUGCCUAUGGACUUCCAGAGACUAGUGACAUUGGACAUCUUCCAACAAGGAGUCUGCUGACUGGUAGAGCCCUCUGGCCUUUGGAGUUUAGCAUGGGACUGAGGGAGAAUGUAAACCCUGGAUGGGGUUAGUUAAAGUGCCUCAGAGAGAACACUAGACUUUGCUCCUGUUUGUCGUUUUUUAAUCAUCGGAGCCAAAGUUUUCUUUUUUUAGUUAAUGGCCUAAAGUCAUAUUCCCUUUUGUAUAUUAACUGAGUAUAUAUCCAAAUGUGUAAUAUUCCGUUGCAAUAAAAGGAUGUGGUUUAAGCACCAA